AUGAGAUCAAGUGUGCCACGACGUCUUACACAUUUAACUGACGAUGAACAAUGCAGAAAACGUCUCGAAUCCUACACUGAUAACAUAUUUAAAGAUUCCAAGCUUCACCUGAGAUCAAUUCACCUGAUAUCCAACACAGAGGAUGAAGAAGAUGCUUUUGGAAAAUUGAGGAAUGAUAUAUUUUCCACAGCAAAGAGUAGCACAAAUUGGAAUCGAGAAUACCCUGUUAAAUUUAUUCAGAUGGAAAAAGCCAUCAACUCUGAACUUACGAUCGGAAAACAAAUAAUUUCUUUUGAAAGAUUAAAAGAACUAGGUGAGAAAAUACCACUUCCGAUAACUGAUGACAAGGAGCUUCAUCUCUUUCUCAGGUAUCAACAUGAAAUAGGUAACGUGAUAUUUUUUGAAGACAUUCCGUCAUACAUCAUACUUGAUCCCCAAUGGUUAGCAAAUGCCUUUACAUGCAUUGUUACAGCCCAGCAGUUUCAACUGGAAUUACCACACUUACAAUGGAACAACUUCAAACAAACAGGAAAGAUGGAUCCUAAGCUAUUAGAAGAAAUAUUCAAGAAACAAUCAGCAGACAUGAGAAUUCAUAAAGAACAUAUACUGGAAGUAAUCGAAAAGUUUGACAUUAUCAUCUAUCCAUUGCUACUGACGGAAAGUGGAAAUGUACAAAGGGAGCAUAGUUUUUUUUACGUUCCAUGCAUGCUUCAAACAUUAAAAAAUAAGGAUAUUGAUGUAUUGUUUAACGUUCCAAAUGCUAAAAAAUCUACAUGUUUGUGUUUUGUCUUUAGUUUUUUACCGCCGUAUCUAAUCAGCAAUCUGAUUGUCUCUUGUCUACGAGAAUAUCCUCUAGCAGUGGUGAAGGACGAGAUAGGUCUCUUCAAGGAUUGUUGUGUAUUCAAUAUUGGCAGAACUGGCUGUGCAAAAUUUGUAUUAGCAAAGUGUAGUCAUAUGAUUCAGCUGCAAGUAUGGCAAUGGAAUGAAGUAGAUACAGAGAUUAACCAAGCUGUUUUAAAAAUUAUCGAAAGAGAAAUCAACAGAAUUGUCAACACACGAUACAAGUUGAAAACGGUAUCUUUCGAGAAAAAAUUGAAAUGUGAGACCACCAGUUUUUCCUUCGACACAGGAUUCCUAGAAUUUGAUCAAGUACAAGAUGGGGAAAAUUAUUAUUGCGAAGAACAUGCGACAAUUCAUAAAUAUAGAGACUAUUGGUCUGGUGAGAAAUCAAAGGCUCCCGGUAUAUUAAGUAGUGAGGAACAGAACUACGUCAGAAUGUCAAAGAUAGUUCUAGAGGUAUUAUCAGGCGUUUUAUACGAUCGCUUAUUCUUAGAUACAAAGACUGGAGAAAUACUUGAUCGUAAAAAGUUGGACAUAACAGAAAUGUGUAAGAAAUAUUGUGCUUUAAAAAUAAACUUUCCAAGUAAAGGCUUUAGGAAAAUAGAAGAGGUUGACCAGAUUUCUACCAAUGAAGAUGCUAUUGGUGACGACAUUCAACGGAUACGUGUGAUCAGAAAUGAAAUGCAGCAUUCUUCUGUCUUUGCAUUAGAUGACACACGAUACCAAACACUAAUCACUAUAGUUCAUGAUAUGCUAACUAGAUUUGAUCAGCGUAACAAUCCAGCAGGUGAAUCCUACGUAAAACGAUUAGAUGAAAUCAGGAAAAUGGAAUUAGAGACAAGGAGUUUUGAAGAGAUAAAAGAAAGAAUGAAAGCAGAAUUGAUGGAAAAGAUUCAUGCAGUUUUCCGAUAGUGUGGUAUCUGAUGAUUUGAACGAUAUUUGUUAACUUAUUUUUUUGUAUUCACCAUUUGCAAUCAAUGGGAGAAAUAUUGAAU